UUAGCCACAAUCAAAAAGACAGGAUGGCUAAACGACCGGUCAGGGACAUUCGGAGGAAACGGACAGUCAACGACCAGUCUGGAUAGAGUCAGUUUCUCAGAAGGGGAACUGUUGUUGCAGGCCCUCAAUGGCUUUGUGAUGGUGGUCACUGCUGAAGGUUAUGUGUUUUAUGCAUCUCCAACUAUACAGGACUACUUGGGCUUCCAUCAGUCAGAUGUGGUCCAUCAGAGUGCAUUCGAGCUCAUCCAUACAGACGAUCGGGCAAUGUUCCGAAAGCAACUACACUUCGCUCUCAAUCCCACUUCGUGCGAUGGUGGCGAAGGAUCUGAUGCAAUUCAAAGCAGCGGUGACAUCACCAGAGACUUGGCAAACUACAACCCUCAACACAUCCCUCCAGAAAACUCAGCCUUCUUAGAACGAAGUUUCUGUUGCCGAUUCCGGUGCCUCCUUGACAACUCAUCCGGCUUCCUGGCCCUGAACUUCCAGGGGAGGCUGAAAUAUCUCCAUGGGCAAAACAAGUUGGCGGAAGAUGGGACCUUGGCCCACCCUCAACUGGCUCUUUUUGUCAUAGCCACACCCCUCCAGUCACCCUCUAUCCUGGAGAUCAGGAGCAAGACUCUUCUUUUCCAAACCAAACACAAGCUGGACUUUACACCUAUGGGUAUUGACACAAGAGGAAAGGUGGUUCUUGGCUACAGUGAGAUUGAGCUGUGUAUGAGAGGCUCCGGCUAUCAGUUCAUUCAUGCUGCUGACAUGAUGUACUGUGCUGACAACCAUAUAAAAAUGAUAAAGACUGGAGAGAGUGGUUUAACAGUCUUCAGACUUCUCUCGAAAGGGGGUACAUGGAUCUGGGUGCAGGCCAAUGCAAGGCUUGUUUAUAAAGGAGGAAGACCAGACUUCAUUAUUGCUCGACAAAGAGCACUAACUAAUGAGGAGGGUGAGGAGCACCUCUGUCAAAGAAAGUUGCAGCUACCCUUUAACUGCGCCACUGGUGAGGGUGUCUUGUAUGAGACUGACCCCACACUGGACAUCACUGACAUUCAAAAUCAGAGCAAAGGCCAGAAGAUGCGCAAACCUCCAUCUCUGGACCCAGAUUCUCUUCUCGGCUGCAUGCUGAAUCAGGAUCAUUCAGUCUACAACCAGAGCAGUGAGCCCGAUUCCCAGUUUACUCUUGACAAGGCUUUCAGGGAUAGCCACGCCCUGCUCAGUGUCCCUGGGAACACCUGGCAGCCGUCAGCCCCAAGCACUGUGGCUGAGGGAAAAGAGGAAGGUGUGGUAAAGGACAUGAUGGAAUCCUUGCAACAGAUUAUUGGGGACAGUAGUAUCUGCAGCCUUCAGGGAUUUGAUGUGGAUGAAUCAGUCCUGAAGGAGUGGGAGAACACUCUAAGCAGGUUCCACUACAACAACGAUACAGAAUUAAAUGAAAUCAUCACCAAUGACAUCCUCUCUUAUGUAGAGGAUGCACUUUUUAAGGAAAAUGGCGUUCAGUUGCCCGAACACCUCAAGAACCAGGGUCCGUUUGUUGAGGUGCCUGAGUGUCUUCCAAAGAUGGAGUUACAGAGUAACUUAGCUGCUAACCAGGAAUUCAUCUUCCAGGCAGAUAUGCUUGAUGGAUCCCCAGGUCAGGGUGGGUUCAUCGGAAUGAACAUCCAAGAUGGAUUGGAUGCCAGUAGCCCUGGAAGAGGGAUGGUGAAGCUCGCCCAUAUGGGGCAACAGAUGCUACUUGGUGACAAUUCUGUCCAGUCAUUCGGACUAGAACAGACAACCCAGAAGAUGCCCAGCAAUAAUAACAUUAUGUUUAAUACUUCUCUUGCCCUGCAGAGUCAACAGCUGACCCAAGUUAGGCUUGGUCUGCAAGGUGCCGUGCAAGAGAAUGGAAUGGUGCCGUGUGGCCAGACAAACCUACAGACUGGAUACCAGCCCCAUCACAACGCAAUGACUCUCCCUCUUCAAAGUCCUCUAUUGCAGGGCACUUCUGCCCAGCCAAUGGGCUUCCACAGCCAGAAUUCCCUUCCUCAACAAGCAUCAAUCAAUCAGAACCCUCAGUGGGUGUCCGAUAACCUGCUGAACUCUUGCGCCCGUAACGUUACAGGUGUACAAGAUGCAGGACUGCACUCUGGCCCAACUACCCAACUACAAGGACAGUUUUCUCUUCACACUCAAAACGCUGCCAAUCCUGGACUGCCUGGCUGGCAGCAAUCCCAGCCUAUCCCUCAACAGGUCUCUAAACCAUUUUCCAGUGGGCAACAGAAUAUGACGGGCUUCAUUGGUGAAGUGACAGACUUUCAAAAAGACUUGCUUGGAGAACUGUUGCCGCACACAAACACACAAGGAUUUGGGUCUGGUUUCCUGCCCCAGACAACUGCAAAUAGCAUCUAUCCUCAGCAAGGAGAGAUCUUCAACAACAGCCCUCAUCAGACCACCAACAGCUGCAUGUUCACAAACACUCCUCAACCCUCAGUGAAUGGGAUGCAUUAUGGUUUAGCAGCUCCGGUAUCUUCAGUGUCAUCCUGCCAGAGGGUUAAAGGUCUGAUUACCCAGAGUCCUACACAAGCAUCCUUCUACUACCAGAGAGGUCCUAGCGAGUCAAUCGUGGACACAUCGGUUAUCCCACAAGAGGACACCAACAUCAGCCCCAUGGCCUGUCAAGUCCCGCUUGGGUUAACGUCAGAUAACGUACUUGCUCAGCAGUAUCUCUCAUACAACAGCCAGACACAGGUCGCAAACCAUCCACUUGAGGAGAAAGAAACAUUCCAUUUUCCCUCGCUGGCCAGUGGAAAUGCCUUCUUUUCCAAGAACAACCAAAACAAUUGCUGUGACUAUUAGUGGUAGAUCACACCCAAUGCAGCGACUGACACAUCAACAGUGCAGUACCUGUUUCUAGGGGAGGAAGAAAACGCAUAAAUACAGCAACUUGUUUGUCCCUCGAUAGACAUGCAUUCACUUCUAAAGACACUCUUGGCUGAAAACCUGCAAGACAUUGCAGAACUUAAAAUUGCGAAUUUACCACACAUUUUUUUCACACUUGUCUACUUCUUCACUUGUUCACACCCUCUCUGAUUAGAAGUGUGCCGUAGCAGAAAGAAAUUCUUUUUUUUUUUUUUUAAAGCACGUCCUUUCAUCCCUGAUAGAUAUUGUUUUGUUUUUCCAUUCUGGCAAGAAAAAAGACUUGAGAUAGCAGGUAGAGAUAGGUGUGAGAUAGGUGAUAGAGGUGUGUGAACCUUUUAAUUGCUGGGAUGAGAUUCUGAGGAAAUAAAUUCCUAGUGCACACAAGAUGCUAUUUAUUGGGGUAAGUUUUGUUUCAAAAAGGGAAAGUCUGUCUCAUUAGAGAGAGCAACAGCCUCAGCCAGACCCUUUUAUUUAGCCAAUUAUGCACUUGAGAAGGUGAAAUUGACCUGUUAUCAAUGUACCCCAUGUUUAAGACAUCAGUUUCUCUAAAGAAAUUAAUAGUCUACUGAUGGCCUCUGUGGCACCAUUGGACUGUCCGAACAAAUCAUUGAUUUGUUGACUGCAAAAUUGUCCCAGAACUUCCCUGAAGCUCCACCUACUGCAAGUUGUAAAGUUGCCCAAGGCAAUUUUGGAUUUAAAAAAAUGGAUCUGAAAAUUGAUAGUCCCAAGAAAUAGGCCACUUUUUCUUUUACACAACACUUUUUCCAUUCAAGGACUAAAAACGAAACCGUAAUGUCUUUAGUACAGUAUGCUCUUGCCACCCUUUUAUGGUUGCCUUAACCAUAUGUUUCAUGUGUAUUACAAUAUCUGAAUGUUAUCGCUUAUCAUGUAUUUGUAUUUUUUUGUUUGUUUUGUUUGUUUAAAAAUCAUCUUUUGUACUUUUUUAUGCAUAUCGUAAUCGUAACUAUGGAAAUGCCAUUGAGCCAUUUUUGUCCACUUUUAAUUUGCUCAUGCUUUCUAUUUGCUUUAAUGCUUUAACAUGGAAGAAUUCUAGGAUUUCUGAAAUCGUGUUGCGUGCCAUGAGAAUCACAGCAGCCAGCGUAUCCUGCCUCCAGAAGAAAAGGUGAAAUUUAAUGACAGAGAGAGAGAGAAUUUUCAGAAGAAAAAGUAGAUUUGAUUGUUUUUUUUUAUGGCCACAAUGAAAUUCUUUACUGACCUAUAGCAUCUUUCUUGGUCGAUCAGGAGAUACAGCAGCAGCCAAAAAGUUUCGAAUAAACACAAUGUAGAGAAUGUGUUCAAAAACGUGCGAAACAAACUUCUGUGAAUCUUUCGGAAAAUUCGUUUUGUGUCAAUUUUACGCGUUAAAUUGAAUGCGAUUUACAUGGAAAUUAGGUUAGGGGAAUGAGGCCCAAAGUCCGUAGUCCUCUUUGUGCCUUAUUUUGGAAGAAUAUAAAGCCGUUUGAUUCGAUUGUAUCAGCAUUUUGAAUGUGUAAAUAUACCAAAACAUAUUUGUAUGAGAUUCUGUAGCUAUGGAAAUAUGACUUCUUGGUUUUAUUGUACAAAAUAAAUCGUUAGCUACUUUCUGAAAACAGUUUAGCCUUAACGUAUGCUUUCGACUGCUGUUGCUUCUUGAGAUUUGUUUUUUCUCCCUGCAGUAAGAACAGAAAGUAUGAUGUGAUAAUGACAGCGAAUAUAUAGAGCCCUCAAACUCGUGCACCCAAAGCCUUUUCCUUUCAUCAUCUGAAAUGGGAACGCUGUGUGCCUUAAUUUCUUUCUGCCCAAAGGAUAUUUCGCUUAUUUCCCUCCCGUUUUCACUCUUUGGAUGAAAUGAUUGUGGCUUGCAGAGGAGGAAAGGAAUUGAAAUGGCAGCUAUAAUUGAAUCUGAGAAGCAAUGUUUUUAGGUUGUUGUUGGCAUGGACGGAAUAGAUUAUGUUAGUUUGCCAAGUGUUGUACAUAGCCUCACAGUUAAAGAGUUACAGGACACACAUUCUGCCCGUCUGUCUUCUGAAGUGCCUUAAAACAGCUUUGGUUUUCUGAGAUUUGCUACAUUUUUUCCCUUUUGGUUUCGUUUGAACUGAAAGCUAAAGGAGUUGUUGGCUUUGAGGUGAUGUAAAUAAGUGUUGUGUGUUUUAUUGCCAGACAUCUGCUGGUUAAGAGAGGAGGUUAGGAAAUCGCUAGAUGAUUGGUUAAUGGAUGAUCAUUGGUUCAUUUAUCUGCUGACAGAUUGAUUACGCACAAAUAAUAGCGAUGUGUUUUGAUUUGCUCUGAUGUUCAUUUCCAUGCUUUAAAAUAUCUAGUACGCCAUGUCUUAACCAGGCAAUUAAAGCUCUUUUUGCACUGGGUAGCUCCGUCCACAGUGCUGUAUAUUAAAUCAGUGGUUCUCAAAUGGUUUUGCUUCAGGACUCAGAUUUUACAGUGGCGUUCAUUGUACAAAUUUUCAAUACAUGUUUGAUAGCAAUUAUGUGUUGGGAAUGAUCUUUUAAACAUUUUUGGAAUUAAAAUUUGCUAAUUUCAUAGCUGGCAUUCUAUGUUUCUUCAAUACUUGCAAUACAUUUUUCACACUUUGUGUGAAAUAGAAAAUGACACACAAUUUUAAAAAAUUGUUGUAUAUUUUGUUUUGCUUUGCUUGCUUAAAUGCCCUUAAUUCAAUAAGAUGUUAUAAUAAUGUUUAAUAUGAAAUAGAAAUGAAAUAAUAUUAUUUUUUCUACAGCAAAUAAGUUGCUGUUUAAGAGGCAUUGUGGUAUCUGGCUCAUAUUUUUCCAAUCAAAACAGACGUGCAGCCCGAUUUUUGGGCUUCGACCCACCAGUUGAGAACCACUGUAUUAAAUAUCAGACAUUUUUAAACUGAAAUUUUGUUUUCAGUGAUGAUAGACAGAUUACUAGUCGCUUGAAUCCUGUAUAUCUACUUAGGAGACUGUAUUAGACAGUUUCAUGUUCAUGACUUCGUUAAGGUGCCUGAAUAUGAGUUAUUUUUGACUAGACAAGGUUUAGCGGUCCAGAAAAUGACCCUUUCUUUUCCUGUGCCAUUAAAUAAAGCAGGUUAGUAGUGGAUGAAGCACCAGUACAGGAUGCAUUGACCUCACUAACAGCAUUGAAAUACCCCAGUGCCAAAAAAUCGUUCAUGCACACUUGUUAGGACGUCCUCCCCUUCACCACUAAACUACGAAUCCUUUAGGAAGAAAUAAUAGCACUUCAGAUGCCCGUUUCUUGCAUAAAGUCAUGUUUGUGAGGCCUCUCUAAAUGCAGUAUCUUUGUUGGUUUGUUUCUUUGCUUGUGCACCCAGCAUUGCAAAUGCUUAUACGUGUUCUCUGUAUGUUAUUUUGUAUAUUGUUCCGCACAACUGUAAAAUCUGUAUGCGUAAAUGGAUGUCCCACAAAUACAGGCUAUACACACACAUCUAUAUUAUAUAUAUAUAUAUACAUCUAUAUAUAAAAUAUAGCUUUCGUUUGUUUUGUAUGUGUAUUAUCAAAUGAUUCAUUUUUGUUGUGCCUCUCAUUGAUAUCUUUAUAAUAUUAAAAGGGGGUCGAUGACUCAA